UUGAGAGUCUAGAUACCAAUCCCUGGCUGUUGAAUAAUGACCCAGAGCGACCUGGCUUUAGCCUAAUCCCUACUUGAAAGCUUUUUACCUGGGAGCUUGAAUCAGCAGGAAGUAGGAUGAAGUGCGCACUGAUUUUUCUUUUGCUGUCGAUGGUUGUCCUGAUGGUCCGUCCUGCAGAGAGCAUUCCUCCCCGUCCUCGUCCCCGUCCUCUUCCUCUUCUUCCUCUUGCUCCUCAAACUCGUCCUCAAGGAUACCCCUUCUAUGCAGACUUCAGGUUGAGAGGAGUCGGUUUCCAAGGAGACAAGGACCAGCAGGACCAGCAAGACCAGCAAGACCAGCAAGACCAGCAGGACCAGCAAGACCAGCAGGACCAGCAAGACCAGCAGGACCAGCAAGACCAGCAGGACCAGCAAGACCAGCAAGACCAGCAGGACCAGCAAGACCAGCAGGACCAGCAAGACCAGCAAGACCAGCAGGACCAGCAAGACCAGCAGGACCAGCAGGACCAGCAAGACCAACGCCUGCUGCAGUUAAUCUUUGAACAAGAACGUCUUGAUUAGAUGAUCAAAUUAUUUUGCAAACCACAAAAUAAUCUGAUGAAGAAUAAUACAUUAAGUUAAUUGGUUUUGUCUGAAAUUGCUGGAAGGUCAGUAAAUUCAGAAUAUUGCACAAACUUCUAUUUCUUUGGUUAUUAUUUUACACUUAAUUAUAUCAGUGUAAAACAUCAAUUUUCAAAGAGUUUAAAUAUAUUGACAUGCAGCAUUUUAUCUUAGAGCAUGUUCAAGUGUUUUCCAUUAGCAUAUAAAGAUCCAUAAACCUAGUUUGGUUAGUCACUGAUUGUGUGUUUGAUUCCUGAACUGAAAUAAAUCUGAUUUUCUUC